AGCAGCACAAGCAAACCGCUUCUGUGCUCACGUUUCUUUAUAGACACAACAACUUCCACAAACAAUCUCAAAACAUAGAGAAGUUUCUUUGGGUUUUUGAUCAUGUCGUUGCUUUCAGAUCUCAUUAACCUUAACCUCUCAGACUCCACUAAGAAAAUCAUUGCUGAAUACAUAUGGAUUGGUGGAUCUGGAUUGGAUAUGAGGAGCAAAGCAAAGACUCUUUCCGGCCCAGUUAGUGAUCCUGCAAAGCUUCCCACAUGGAACUAUGAUGGUUCCAGCACAGGCCAGGCUCCUGGACAAGACAGUGAAGUGAUCCUAUAUCCACAAGCUAUUUUCAGAGAUCCAUUUAGGAGGGGCAAUAACAUCCUCGUCAUAUGUGACGCUUAUACUCCUGCUGGCGAGCCAAUUCCGACAAAUAAGAGAUGUGAUGCUGCUAAGAUAUUCAGCCAUCCUGAUGUUGUUGCUGAGAAGCCCUGGUAUGGCCUUGAGCAAGAAUACACCUUGUUGCAGAAAGAUGUUAAAUGGCCACUUGGGUGGCCAAUUGGUGGUUAUCCUGGCCCUCAGGGACCAUACUACUGUGGUAUUGGUGUUGACAAAGCCUUCGGCCGUGACAUUGUCGAUGCGCAUUACAAGGCAUGUCUGUAUGCAGGCAUUAACAUUAGCGGCAUCAAUGGAGAAGUGAUGCCAGGCCAAUGGGAGUUUCAAGUUGGACCUUCAGUCGGUAUCUCCGCCGGAGAUGAAUUAUGGGCUGCUCGGUAUAUUUUGGAGAGGAUUACUGAGGUUGCUGGAGUUGUACUUUCAUUUGAUCCUAAGCCAAUUCAGGGCGAUUGGAAUGGAGCGGGGGCACACACAAAUUACAGUACUGAGUCUAUGAGAAAUGAAGGAGGCUAUGAAAUCAUCAAGAAAGCAAUUGAAAAGCUUGGUCUGAGGCAUAAAGAACACAUUGCAGCUUAUGGAGAAGGGAAUGAGCGGAGACUCACCGGCCGACACGAAACGGCUGACAUUAAUACCUUCAAAUGGGGUGUGGCUGAUCGUGGAGCUUCUAUUCGUGUUGGUCGCGACACAGAGAAAGAAGGAAAGGGGUAUUUUGAGGAUAGAAGGCCUGCUUCGAACAUGGAUCCAUAUGUUGUUACUUCCAUGAUUGCAGAGACCACCAUCCUGUGGAAGCCAUGAGAACACCAACAAGCCCCUCUUAGACAGAAUAGUGUCGGUGGUAUUCUUUGCAAGGGACCAUGGAAAGAUUUGUGUCAGUAAGAUGGUAGUCUUUCAAUUUGUUUGCCUUUGUAUUUGAGGCAGCAAGUGAGUUCAUUGCUUUGCUUGCUUGCCUUGUGAUUUACAGGGCCUAGUUUGAUGUAAUGCCGAUCACAUCUCGAGAUGUUGUCAGAUUUUAUCUAAUCUAAAUAAAACUCUUGCUGGUUGAUAAA